GGAGCGAGCAUCAUCGUUCUACGAACUUUUGGUCAACCCUAAGUAUAAUCGUGAAAAGUAUUUUUAUCUGCACACAUUCUUGAAAAUACGUUUGAAACAGUAUGAAGGAAACAUCUGAAAUAUUCAUCGUACAGAAAAAAUGUUCAGACAUGUAUGCUGCACAUUCUCAGUUUAGAUGUUUCCUUCAUACUGUUUCAAACGCUUGGCCCCAAAAGAGAUAAUAGAACGAAAAUGUGAAAUUUUUGGAAUCCCAAAAGAGAUAAUAAAUUUAAUUAGUAAUCAAGAACGAAAAAAAAGUUAAAUUAUUGUGUUUUCAAAAGAGAUAAUAUAGAAUGAGAAAAACAAACGAAACUUAUGGGUAUACAUUUUAUUCUCAUGAAAUCAAGCAGAAUCGUUAAGUACAGUGUACAAAAUGGAAUGAAACAGUGUACAAAAUCAAAUUAAACGGUGUGCAAACGGCAAUUAUAUAAAUAUGGAAUCAAUAAAUAGCACAGCAUGUCAUUUCUGCUGUCAAACAAACAUGAAUUUGGAAAAAGUUGUAAUGUCUGCUACACAGCAAGAAUAAUCUUGCGCUGUAUUUCAACAUUUUUGUUUUCGUAAAGUUCAUGAAUAUAAAGUUUCAACUGUACAAUAAACAAAUGUAUAUACCCCAUUCUAUAUUAUAUCUUUUGAAAAUACAAUAAUUUAAUUAUUUUAUUUAUUACUAAGCACUCUCUUACAGUCGAAGUAACAAAUGCAGAUGAUAACGAAAGGAGUGUAUUUUUUACACUGUUUAACGGUUGUAUGUAUGCAAGAAAUUCAUUACUUUUUGAUGAAAAAGAAAACCAAAGUGCUCUAUAGAGCGCUUUGGUUUUUGUCAUUCGAAAGAGGAGACUUGAAGAUAUGUUCAUAUUAAAAUAAAUUUGCAGAAGGGUCUUCUGAAGUACAUUUUCUAGAUAUUUGGAAAAUUGUCUCAAAAAAUUCCCGAUAUGAUUAUAUUGUUUUUUCUCACGGAUUGAUAGACCAGAGUGCCUCCUUCAAAACGGGAGCCAAGCGAGCUCUUGAUUUCUAGUGAUGCGGAAAUAGUAUCGGAUUUUCUUGGAACCUCAGGACUGGUACCUAGUGGCAAUAGGUAGCCCCGGAAACAGGUGGAUUAUAUGUAAUCGGUCAUGCUGAUUUCGUGGCAAUAUCUGUUUUUUGAAAAAGAUUUUAAAACCCAGUAGAACCAAGUUUUACGAAAAUUGUGAUUUCCGGGUUGUUUUCACUCUGCCUUCCAAGUCCCGAUCCCUGUGAAUGACGCCUGAUGUUUAUUGUUCUCUUAUUUAUAUAAUUUUCUCUCUCUUCAUGCUACAUGAUACCAGUUUUGGAAGUUCCAAGGAAUCUGAUGCCACGUUUGAACCGGUGGAAAUCAGUGUCUCGUUUGUCCCCUAUUUCGAACUGAACACAUAGUAUUCAUGGGAAUUUGAUUUGUCUGAUAUAAAAACAUGUACAUAUCCAAAACAUUAUCGACUCGUUUGUUAUUUACCAAUAAAAAUAUCCGGUGCUAUUUGGAAUUUAAAAUGGGCACCAUAUCAAAACCAUGAACAUAAUAAAAAUGAUUUAGGAUAUUUAGCUGCUGUGUGUAGUUCUGAUCAUAUUUAUAUUCAUAAUAUUAUUGAGCAAUCGUCAGAUAAAUCAACAACAACAAUAAUGUAUCCAUUUUAUAACUCAACAAAACAAUUAAAAUUAUCUUUAAAUCAUCAUGGUUCAUUACCACAAUGUUUAUCAAUUGAUUGGAGUAAAUUGUAUCCAUCAAGAAUAAUUUCAUCAUACAGUAAUGGUUAUAUUGCAUUAUUCAAUAUUAAUAUCACCGUUUCGUAUCUCACACAAACAAAUAAAAAUGGUGAAAAAGAAAUUUGGCCUAUACGUACAAUUCAAAAAUAUCAUUUACACACAUUCGAGAUGUGA